GAAAAGAUUUUCCGGCCUUCUUCUUCCCUGCUCUUUUUUUAUUCUUCUACUGUUCUGUUCCUGCAAUGGAUACAGUGAUUUGGAGGUCCUGUUGAAGCUCAAGAGUUCCAUGACUGGACAGAAAGGAUCCGGACUGGAGGAUUGGAAGGAUUCGGAGUCUCCUUCGGCGCAUUGUGAUUUCUCUGGUGUUAGAUGUGAUGAGGAGUACCGGGUUAUUUCUCUGAAUGUGUCGUUUGUUCCUCUGUUUGGCGUGAUUGCUCGGGAGAUUGGGCUUUUGGAUAAGCUUGUGAACCUGACAAUUGCGGCUGAUAAUCUCACCGGGAUGAUUCCGGUGGAGGUGGGGAAUUUGGCAUCUCUGAGGCUUUUCAACAUCUCCAACAAUGCUUUCAAUGGGAAUUUCCCUGGGGAAAUUUUUCGGGGCAUGAGUCAGUUGGAGGUUCUUGAUACUUACAACAACAACUUCACAGGGCCGCUGCCGAUUGAGAUCGUGGACCUGAAGAAUCUCCGGCAUCUCUCUUUUGGAGGCAACUAUUUCACCGGUCAAAUACCGGAGAGGUACACUGAGAUUCAGAGCUUGGUGUACUUGGGUCUGAACGGCAUCGGUCUCACUGGAAAAUCGCCUGCGUUUUUGGCUCGCUUGAAGAAUCUUGAAGAGAUGUACGUUGGAUAUUUUAACUCUUACGUCGGAGGAGUUCCACCGGAGUUUGGUACGUUGAGUAAACUGCGGGUUCUAGAUAUGGGAAGCUGCAAUCUCACAGGCGAGAUUCCGGUUAGUUUGGGCAAUUUGAAGCACUUGGAUACAUUGUACCUUCAAAUGAAUCAUCUCACCGGUCUACUUCCUCCGGAACUCUCCAGUUUGAUUAGCUUGAAAUUUCUUGACGUUUCUAUAAACGAGCUAACCGGAGAGAUACCAGCGAGUUUCUUCGCGCUGCAGAACAUUACGCUAAUCAAUCUCUUCAAGAACAACUUUCACGGCCGAAUCCCUUCGUUCAUCGGUGAUUUGCCUUACCUCGAGGUUCUUCAGGUCUGGGAAAACAACUUCACGUUCGAACUGCCGCAGAAUCUGGGCAGCAACGGGAAGCUGCAGAAGCUCGAUGUUUCUUUCAAUCACCUUACUGGAUUCAUCCCUCGGCAUUUGUGCAAAGGAGGAAAGUUGGAUACUGUAAUCCACAUGUUCAAGGUAGCCAUGAUGUGCGUUGUGGACAAUAGUUCUGACAGGCCCACGAUGAGAGAAGUGGUUCACGUGCUCACUAAUCCUCCCAGUUCUCGCCCCAAGCCUACUAACCUUUUAGACCCACAGCCCAAAGGCCCAUAGCCACAUAUUUGGUGUGCUCAGCAGUAACUAAAAUAAAAUCAUGGUCAGCUGUAAUAAGAGUAUUUGCAAUAAAUUAAAUUAAGUUGA